GUAUUAUUCAGAAUGGUAAAGCUGAGACUUCCUGGAGUUUUAAGUUUCGUUUCUCUUGUUUUUUUCUCCCUGACGGGCAGCAGCGAUGGCGACAGCGGCGUCUCCAGAGGAGAAGUUCUCCUGCUCCGUGUGUCUGGACCUCUUCACCGAGCCCACAACCAUUCCGUGCGGACACAGCUUCUGUCUGGACUGCAUCGGGAGCUACUGGGACCAGAGUGACCAAACCGGACUGUACAGCUGCCCCCAGUGCCGGGAGACCUUCACUCCCAGACCCGCUCUGCGCAAAAACAACGUCAUGACCGAACUGGUGGAAGAACUGAAGAAACCGAGAACUCUCGUCUCCAAAAAGGAAUCCGCAGCUCCCGCUCCUGUCUCUGCUGAGUCCGGAGGCGUGCCUUGUGAUUUCUGCACCGGCGAGAUGAAGCGCGGAGCGGUCAGGUCGUGUUUGACGUGCCUCGGCUCGUACUGCGAAGCGCACCUGCAGCCACACUACGAGAACGCGGUGCUGAAGAGGCACGCCCUGGUGCAGCCUCUGAGAGACUUCGAGCAGAAGCUUUGCAAACUGCACCAGAGAUUGCUGGAGCUUUACUGCAGAACCGAUCAGAGCUGUAUCUGCGUGCUGUGUCAACACAGUAAUCACCAGGAUCACACGGUUAUAUUAGCAGAGCGAGAGAGGGCGAAGAAACAGAAGGAGCUGGGGAAGAGACAGGCAGAAAUAGAAAAUCUAACUGAGAAGAGACUGAAAGAGCUGGAGACACUGAAACAGGCUGUGGAGUCGCUCAAGCUCUCGGCUCAGAAGGAAAGGGCUGAAAGCGAACAGGUCCUGUCUGAGCUGAUCCGCUCCAUUGAGAGAAUCAGGACGGAGGUGGGAGAGCUGAUUGGAGCUAAAGAGAAGGCUGCAGUGAGUCGGGCCGAUGAGCAAAGGGAACAACUGGAGCAGGAGAUCCAGGAGCUGAGAAAGAGGAAGGCUGAGAUGGAGCAGCUUUCUGAGACAGAGGAUCACAUCCACUUUCUGCAGAGUUUCCAGUCUGUCUGCGCCCCUCCUGCUGCUCAGCAGCUCUUUGAUAACAUAGACGACUCUUUCUGGACUCUGAGGAAAGCUGUGACUCGACUCAAGGACCACCUCGAGGGAUUCUGGAAGAUUGAGCUCAUGAAAGCAACUAUAGCAGCUGAUGUGGCUCUGGACCCUGAUACAGCACGCUUCAAUCUCAUCCUGUCAAAGGAUGGAAAGCAAGUCAGAACUGAUGAUGAACAACAGCCUCUCCCUGACAAUCCAAAGAGAUUUGAUCAUUAUGUAUAUGUCUUGGGCAAGGAGGGCUUCACCUCAGGGAGACACUACUGGGAGGUGGAAGUGGGGGAGAAGAUAUGCUGGAGACUCGGAGUCACCAGAGAGUCUUCUCAUAGGAAAGGUUCUUUCCCUGUGAACCCCCAGCAGGGUUUCUGGACCAUUAGGCGACAUGACACCAGCAAUCAGUUAAUUGCUUUCAGUGACCCCCAGACCCCCCUCCCCCUGACCCCGAAGCCCCGGAAGGUGGGAGUGUAUCUGGAUUAUGAGGGAGGGCAGCUCUCCUUUUACAAUGUGGAGACCAGAUCUCACAUCUACACUUUCACUGACACCUUCACUGAGAAACUCUAUCCAUUGUUUUGUCCAGGUCUCUCUUAUUCUGGUAAAAAUGCAGCUCCACUGAUCAUCUGCCCACAUACAUACAGAGAUUGAAUUCAGAUUUUUUAUUACUUGUAUUGAAGCUAUUUUGGUUCCUCGUUUUUAUACUUUGUUUGAGAUGUGCAAAUAUUAAAAAAAAGCUAAAGCUAGUGAGGGAAGAAAUUGUUUCUAAAGUCUUGUUUAGCACAAGAAAAGCCUUAUUAGUGUUUACACAAAAAAACUCUUAUUACUCCCACGAAGCAUUUAUUGUUCUUGUUACUCUUGUUGUGUUUCUUUAUUUUGUAUUUUAGUUUAUAUAUUUAAUUAUUUUUGAACUGUAACCUUGUAUUACAGUGUAACAUGUGUAAGUCGCUUUG